AUGCCGAAGGGAAAUUCCCUGGUGUUGUUGGUCUUAUUGAUGCUACUCGUGUGUAUUCGUGCCCCUGAGCAUGAACCAGAUGCCUACAUAAACCGCAAGAAAUGUCACUCACUAAAUCUCCAGACAGUAUGUGAUGAAAAUAUGGUGUUUCUGGAUAUAGUGGCAGGUUGGCCUGGCUCUUUUCACGACUCUAGAGUUCUUAGGAACUCUGGGCUGUACCAAACAGCUGCCACUAAAUUUCCAGGUGACACACAUCUCCUUGGGGAUGGGGGUUACCUUUUGUUGAGAUGGUUGAUUACCCUAUUUCGAGAUAAUGGCCAUUUGACACGAAGACAAAGGCAGUUUAACACAGCCCUUCCUGCUGUACGCCAGAGAGUGGAGAGAUCCUUCUCUCUUCUCAAAGGAAGAUGGCAAAAGCUUCAAUAUCUUGAUCACCUUGAUUUAGUCAUGGCAGUGAAAAUAAUAACUGCUACUUGUGUCCUUCAUAAUUUUUGUUUGUUAUAUGAUGAUUUUGAUGAUGGGUAUUUCCUACCAGGUCAUGCUGAUGGCAUAGAAGAUGGUGGAAGUGAGCAACGAGAACCACCAGAUCAUGGAGCAGCACAGAAGAAGGUGUACCUUAUGAACACUGUUCCUGCUCAUUAG